AAUAGAAUAAAUAGGGGGGAAAUAGCAAUGCCAAAAAUCAAAACCCAGAGGAUCUAGGGUUGCCUUGGAUUACUAUGUUUAGAAAUAUUUACGGUUCUUUUUAAUCGAUUAGUUCUUUUUUAAUAUUAUAGUUAGGAUUUUCGAAAUAGGUAAGUUAAUUUAAAGGCCGAGUCAGUUUUCUUUUUGCGACACCGGUGGUUGAGUUGGGUUUUAAUCGAUAGAACCCUAAAAUCAAUGGUUUCGGGAACUGGACUAAUACAUUUUUACCCAGAAUCGAAGCCGGACAAGGAGGACUUCUGAAGGAUAGUUAUCUUUUAAUUUAAUAUAUUGUUUUUGACGAUCUGUAAAUAUGAGAGUGCGCAAAUCGAACAGGAUUUCUUGGGCACCGGAUGCUAAUCUUUGUCAGAUAAAGCUCUUUCUAAUGGAGGAACCGCCUUCACAAGUUGGAUUUGGCGCUCAAGAUCACCUACAAGCAAAAACCUCCGUAUCACAUUUAAAUGGGGCAACUGCGGAUGAUUUUCUGCCUCCUGGAUUUGAAGGAACUCAUUCUAGAAAUCAUGUGCAUGUUGGCUUGUCAGAAAUGCCUGUCAUUAAGUGGAGAUGUCCUUACAGAUUUAUAUUGGACUUCAACUGGCAAGUAGUUGCUGGAGAUGAAAGUAAAGAGGUUGAGAUUCAAAAUCAGAGAGAAGUUAGAGUACUUGAAGCUGUUUAUCCUCGCCCAUCUGCAAUUCCUACAAACCCUUCCGUUUCAGCAGAUGUAGAAAACUGUCAGUAUGAUGGUCAUCUAACUCCUCAAAUACCCAUCACUCCUAUUGAAGAUGAAGAUGCAGCAAUUGAAACACUACCUGAUGACUUUGCUCCAUUUGGUGCCCCCAUUAGUUCACAGCCUAGUGUUUCAAGUGCUUCUACCGAGGAGAGACCAUCGGCUGGAAUGGUACUUAAUGUUGAGCGCGGAGUAGCAGCUGCUGCCUUAAGAGCUAUUAACCAAAGCAAUGAAUGUGGAAACAUGAUUGAUCCUGACUUGCUCGUCAAAAUUCUCAGCAACCCGCAAUUGAUGGAGAAAUUAGUUACAGAUUAUGGAGCGGAUUCAGCUGCACAAAACUUACCUAAACCAACAUCUCCUCUGGUACCUACGUCCGAUCCCCAUCCAGCUGUAAAUAUAUCUAAUCCAUCUCCUCCCUGUACCAUUCGAAUGGAAAACGGCAUAGCAUCCGUGACAGCGGCAUCUAGUGGAGCAUAUUAUGCUGAGCGUAAUGGGUUUGGUAGUGGACCCUCAAAUAAACAAGGUCCUAUUCCCAGUGUCCAUCAAGUUUCACCUACACUCGCCCCAGAACUUCCUCAGAAGGAUAUAAACUAUUACAAGAACUUGAUUCAGCAACAUGGAGAAGAAAGACAGGGACUAGCUCAACAGCCACGACCAAACCAAGAAGCAACAAAAAACCCAAAACCAAGAGAUUCGAAGCCGAGGGUAAUGAAGCCUUGUAUUUAUUUUAAAAGUGCCAGGGGAUGCAGAAAUGGCGCCAAUUGUGCAUUCCAACAUGAUGUAUCGUCCCAAAACGGGGGUAGCAACAAUUCCGACCUGCCUAAUGGUAAGAGAAUGAAAAUGGAUAAGAGAGAUCAGGAGUUUGAAAAUACGAGUAUGCCCUUUUUCACAUAAGAAUAGCGUUCUGCAGCAGCUGCUCCAUGUCUAUUCCACGAUUGUCGUGCUUUUGGGUUUUUUUUCUUCCUGCAAAUAGUUAUAUGACUACUUAGUUAUUCUUCUUUUUUCCUUUUUCAACCUUGCAUCUAGCUAAGAUUUAAGUUAUUGGCGACAUCUUUAUGUCACAAACAAUUGCUGAUAUUCAUCUGUAGAUGAAGGAAUUUUUGGUUUACCUCUUGCACCCA